AGGCUCUGGAACCUGGGGUGGGAGUGGGAGCGUGAGGUGAGCGGAGCAGCUGAAGGAGGGGACAGGCUGCCGGGCGCCCCAGUCUAUGGAGCGGAGUAAGAUGGCGGAGGCGGAGAGCCUGGAGACAGCAGCGGAGCACGAGCGGAUCCUGCGAGAAAUCGAGAGCACCGACACGGCCUGCAUCGGGCCCACGCUCAGGUCUGUCUAUGAUGGUGAGGAACAUGGACGAUUCAUGGAGAAACUUGAAACUCGCAUCCGCAAUCAUGAUCGAGAAAUUGAGAAAAUGUGCAAUUUUCACUACCAGGGCUUUGUGGACUCUAUAACUGAACUACUGAAAGUGAGAGGAGAAGCUCAAAAACUCAAAAAUCAAGUGACGGAUACUAAUAGAAAACUACAGCAUGAGGGAAAGGAACUGGUAAUAGCAAUGGAAGAGCUGAAGCAGUGUCGACUACAACAGAGAAAUAUUUCUGCCACUGUUGAUAAAUUAAUGCUGUGUCUUCCAGUUCUGGAGAUGUAUAGCAAACUGAGGGACCAGAUGAAAACUAAAAGGCAUUAUCCUGCACUGAAAACUCUGGAACAUCUAGAGCAUACCUAUCUGCCUCAAGUAAGCCACUAUCGAUUCUGCAAAGUGAUGGUGGAUAACAUCCCCAAGCUUCGAGAAGAAAUUAAGGAUGUCUCUAUGUCUGAUCUCAAAGACUUCCUGGAAAGUAUUCGCAAACAUUCGGACAAAAUUGGAGAGACUGCCAUGAAGCAAGCUCAACAACAAAGAAACCUGGAUAACAUCGUCUUGCAACAACCCAGAAUAGGGAGCAAGAGAAAAUCUAAGAAAGAUGCGUAUACAAUUUUUGAUACAGAGCUAGAAAGCACUAGCCCCAAGUCGGAACAGGAUUCAGGAAUUCUGGAUGUUGAAGAUGAUGAAGAUGAUGAAGAGGUACCUGGGGCCCAAGAUUUGGUGGAUUUCUCUCCUGUUUAUCGGUGUCUACACAUAUAUUCUGUCCUGGGUGCCCGGGAAACAUUUGAGAACUAUUACCGAAAACAGAGGCGAAAACAGGCCCGCUUGGUGCUCCAGCCUCCAUCUAACAUGCAUGAAACUUUAGAUGGCUACAGGAAGUAUUUUAAUCAAAUUGUAGGCUUUUUUGUGGUUGAAGAUCAUAUUUUACAUACAACCCAGGGCUUAGUAAAUAGAGCCUACAUUGAUGAACUAUGGGAGAUGGCACUUUCAAAAACCAUUGCAGCACUCCGAACCCACUCGUCUUACUGCUCUGAUCCAAACCUCGUGUUAGAUUUGAAGAACCUCAUUGUACUUUUUGCUGAUACACUUCAGGUUUAUGGUUUUCCUGUAAAUCAGCUUUUUGACAUGCUCUUAGAAAUCAGAGACCAAUACAGUGAAACUCUGCUAAAGAAGUGGGGAAGUAUUUUUAGAAACAUACUUGAUUCUGACAACUAUAGCCCUAUACCAGUAACAAGUGAAGAGGUGUAUAAAAAGGUGGUAGGACACUUCCCAUUUCAAGAUACAGAGCUGGAAAAGCAGCCAUUUCCAAAAAAGUUUCCUUUCUCUGAAUUUGUGCCAAAAGUUUACAACCAAAUUAAAGAAUUUAUCUACGCCUGUCUGAAAUUUUCAGAAGAUCUUCAUCUAAGCUCAACUGAAGUUGAUGACAUGAUCCGAAAAUCUACAAACCUGUUGCUCACCAGGACUCUGAGCAACAGUCUGCAGAACGUCAUUAAAAGGAAGAAUAUUGGACUUACUGAGCUUGUCCAGAUUAUUAUUAAUACAACACACCUGGAGAAAUCCUGCAAGUACUUGGAAGAAUUCAUCACCAAUAUCACUAAUGUGCUUCCAGAGACAGUCCACACUACCAAACUCUAUGGCACCACAACUUUUAAGGAUGCCAGACAUGCAGCUGAAGAAGAGAUUUAUACCAAUUUAAAUCAGAAGAUUGACCAGUUUCUACAGUUGGCUGACUAUGACUGGAUGACAGGAGAUUUGGGCAACAAAGCUAGUGACUACCUAGUAGACCUCAUUGCUUUUCUACGUAGCACCUUUGCUGUAUUCACACACCUUCCUGGAAAGGUGGCUCAGACAGCAUGUAUGUCAGCUUGCAAGCAUUUAGCCACAUCCUUGAUGCAACUCUUGCUGGAGGCUGAAGUAAGGCAGCUUACCUUGGGAGCGUUACAGCAGUUCAACUUGGAUGUCAGAGAAUGCGAACAGUUUGCCAGAUCCGGCCCGGUGCCUGGGUUCCAGGAGGACACGCUGCAGUUGGCCUUCAUCGACUUGAGACAACUUUUGGACCUCUUCAUCCAGUGGGACUGGUCAACCUACCUUGCGGACUAUGGCCAGCCCAACUGCAAGUACCUCCGAGUAAACCCCGUGACAGCUCUGACCCUGCUGGAGAAGAUGAAGGACACUAGCCGCAAGAACAACAUGUUUGCACAGUUUCGUAAAAAUGAGCGAGACAAGCAGAAAUUGAUUGACACUGUGGCCAAGCAGCUGCGUGGACUCAUCAGCACCCACCACUCCUGAGGGCUGGCCUCGAGCCCACAGAGGCUGCUCACGGCAGCCCCGCGGCCCGGGACCCGGCCCUGGCUGGCGCUGCAUCUGUGCAUUCUUCUUCGGAGAGAGAAAAUGUAUUUUUUUAAUAACCUAUGUACAGUAUUCGCAUAACCUUUCCCUAUAGUAAUAGAGGCACAAGAGUAAGGAAGCAUAUGAACUGUUGCUAGGCUGGGACUCAGGGGAAGCUAUCACUACGCUAUCUAUAUUAUCCUAGAGAUGGUGGUGCCAUCUCUCCCGGUGUGAGGGACCACCUUUCACCUGCAGAGCUUAGGUCUGGGGCCUGGGAACCACACAGACAAACGGGCACUUGGCACUGGGGUAAGAUGAGCAGGCGGAAGGAUGAUACCCCACUCCCUCCUGGGUGCCCCAUUCACCACCUCGGUGAGGCCGAGUCUUUCCAACGCAAGGAAGGGGUCUGGAAAACAUUACUGUUUAGUAUAUACCACAGACCAGCACACACUUCUGGAGGUUCGCCUCAGCCCAGUGGCUGUCAUCAGCUGGUGAACCUGCACAGCAUGUGACAACUCCAUUCCCCCGAGGAGGGCAGCUUCUUUAGCCUAGAUCUGACCCAGUGCUUUCCUGCUCAUUUUUCUGUGGCAGGACAGAGCUGAGAGUGCAGGGGUAAUAAGCAGGCCCCAUGACUAACUACACGUCACCCCCACACAGGAAGCCAGUGUGAACGGAAUCGGAGCCUCGGUCCCUUCCCCAUUCAUCUCAUCCCCUCCUUUCAGGGUCGGGACACGUGGUUCAGGGCCUAGGUCACCAGUUAUUUCCAUAGAUCCUCACAGAGCGCCUCAGGCUGGGCCUCCUGCGUGGCGUCACUGGGGUAGGUCGGAUUCCGGAAGCCCGCAAGUGGCUCUUAUGUUACCCUUAGGGAAAACCUGAAGACUGCUUGACAUUGUUCCUUUGUGUUUUAAAAAUCAGCUUUCUGGCCAGUGUCUUCAAAGGCAAUGUCACCAGCUCUGCACUGUGGGGGCAGCCACAGCUGGACUGGAUGCCUCAGGUGAUGGAGCCACUGUCACCAUGGAGUGGGCUGGGCCAACCACAGCUAGGGGUUUGUCGCCUCUGGCCCAGCUGCCCCUCACUGAGUCAUAUCGUGGAGAAUAUGACGCUCUUGCUCAGGCACAAUGCUUCCAUCCUCUUCUGAGGAUCCCCAUGGACACCCUUUGGCCUUACGUGAGAAAGAUUGCCUGUAAUCCUAUCUCCCAAAAUCUGGAGUUCCCUAGGGAGCCUGGACAGCUGGCCCAGAGACGGUGUCCACUAUCCCAGAUGCGCCCUGAGACUUAACGCAGGGGCUUUGCUAGGAGGUCAGAGGAACCUGCACUUUAAGACACUGCAGGAAGAUGCUAUUAGGGCAACUGGCAAGAGUAUAAUUAGGCAUCACCAAACGAUUACAAAUAAGCCACACAGGUAUUUCCAGCUUGGAUUAGUGGGAGGAGACACUCAUCAAACAGAAUUCCUAGCUGCCUUUGUCAGCCACCAGUUGCUCCUGGGGAAGGCAGUGCUUCCGCAGGCCUUCCCUCCCCUGGCCCCUCCCUAACUCACAGCUGGAAAACCGCGAGGUGAGGGUCCGGGGAUGGGGACACACUCCGGCUGCACUAGAGCUUGCAAAUGCCCUCUGAGGCCCAGCCUGAGGGCACGGCAGUGGGCAGUGUGGCCCGGGUCUUAGGAUGAUGGUUGGGUUGGGUGCUGCCACCAAGAACCUCAAAGCCAGGGAAAGGCAGGGACCCAUGGGAGGGAAACCCAAGAUGCCCUCUCCCAAGCCUUGGGUUUUAUUGGAAAAGUGAGAAAGGAUUACACUAACCUGAAGUCCUGUUGCUUAAAAAGGGCCCAAAACACCCUCCUCCACUAAUCCCCAGUUUGCAGCAAGAUCCCUUCAACUGGAGCACUGAGACACUGAAGUGAGAAUGGGGUGACUCUUACAUGUGUCACAGUUUUUGUCUUUUUGUAAGCAUUGCUGGUCUGGUCUCAAACCUGUGCCCCGGAAAAACCAUGCUAGGGAGGACUAGGUGCACAGGGCCGGCAGAGGAGGGUGGCCCUGCUCCUUGCUCACAGAAGCCCCUCUAGGGAAAAGCCUGCUCAGCUCAAGACUCCCAAGGGCGGACCCUGCAGCAGCCCCCGGCUGCCCCUCAGCCUGCCUUCAGUCUGCCCUAACAGCUGCCAACCCCCUGCCACUGGGCUGCCUGUGGAGACACACUCUUGGUGGGCUGGGGAAGGUAACAAAACAGGACCAGCAAUGUCCCAGUUGUUGGGAGGGUAAAGUGGGACUUCUCAGUUUUGUCUAUAGGCCUCUAGCUGGGCCAGCCCUCGGAGCUGGGCGGAGCGUGGGCGCCCAAGCCCCUCAGGCGCCUAAGCCCCUCAGGCGCCUGAGGCCUGGCCCCAGGUGCCCAGGGAUGCAGAGGAGCCUGGAGGCCGCAGGAAGGGGGCGAGGACAUGGGGACGGGAGGCCUACCUGCCUUCUAGUUGCCGCAGACCCCUGACCAAGUUCUCGGGGAAACUAGGUUCCUGUCCCUGAAAGGACAGUCUGGCUUGGGACCCUGUCUUUUGGCGUUGGGUUUCAGGAAUAACAGGGAGCUUGCGGAGCUGUAACAGUCACAGGAAAACCUCUCUGAGCAGAUUGUAAAUGAAGCUGUUGGUGGGUGGAGGAACCGGGGACCUGGAUAUCGGAACCAGCAGAAUCCCUGUUGGCAAAGGGGAUUAAAGCUCCCAGAGAGGGGAUGCGAAGCUCCCCAGGUUUCCGUUGCCCGCCUGGCCUGAUAGCCCCCCAGGCCUCAACGGCCAGCCCCGCUUCCCUGCAGACCUGUGCCUACCCGGCCAGUCCCAGACCUGAAGCCCUUUUCCCUCCAAGGCCGGCGUUGGCCGCGACCUUCCUCAUAAGGCCCCUGAGCACACGGGCCCAGGGCAGCUGCAGAAACCCCCGCCUUAGCCUCCCUCUCCCGGGACUCUGCUCCCGGCUGCUUCUGUGGCCUCUUUUAUUUUUCUUCUUCUUUUUAUUUCUUUGCCUGAAUUACAAUUACUUUUCACUAAUGUGUUGGAAACAGCCUUUUUAUUUUGCACAAAUAGUUGCACAUUUACUGAGGAAAUUUAGGAGAGUCCAUUUUUAGCUCUAAAGGGAACUUUUAUAAAACUCACUAGUAAAGCUACUGAUACAGACAGGCCUCAUGGUUAUUGGAAAACUUCCUAUGUGGAAAGAGCAUGUUUUUCCUCCUGUACAUUCUCCUCUUUUAACUGCUAUUAAACAAGAAAGCCUAUA